CAGAUAGCCGUUAUUUUCUACGACCAUAUCAUCACCUUCACAGAAGAAGUGCAACUCAUCUGGAGCAGGAGGCUUACCGGCGCGUCUUGGGUCUUCCUCGCAAAUCGACUUCUGCUGCUGGUAUACGGAGUCGCUCUGUUGGUACAGGAUGUUCUUUCUUAUAUUCAUUCUGAUGAUACCGAGGCUCACGCUGCCUCCCUGGCAGUAUUCUCCACUCUACGUGCAUACGCCAUCAGUGGCAGAAAUAUUUUAAUCACAUCCUCGGUAUUAUCAUUCGGGUUAGCACCGGUUUGCAUGAACAUUGUAACCAUCUUUCGUGUCCAACUAACAACCUUUGUUUCAGUAUACUGCUUGGCUGGCGCAUCGGCAAUCCUCUCUGAUUCAAUCGUCAUUGGCACUACUUGGCAUAGCACAUAUCUCAUCAGGAAGCAAGCUAGAGAAGCACGCGUUCAGGCUCCAUUAGUGAUGCUCAUAUUGCGCGAUGGUACCACUCUAUACUCCUUGUACUGA